CCUUCCCUAAUCAGUGAUCGGGGAAGGGCUGCUGUGAAGUGUCGCUACAAAAAUACAUUCGUCCCUGCUGACCUUCAGAAGCGCCGAACUGGACUGACUCUGGAUCAGCCCGCAGUCGUUUCAUCCCUCUGCUCUUAAUUUGGGUGCAGAAAAGAAAACUGGUCCACGGACAGCUAGGCCCGCCCCCUCCCACGAGUGCCCUCCUCCCCUUGAAGCGCGCAACCAUGGGCAACCCUGUUGAUGGGUCACCACGGCAACAGCGCACCUCCGGGGUCUUUACCUCUGCUCCUUGUUUGUCAGCCGGUAUGAGCGCGCGACAGAGGCUCAUUAUCACACAUUAAAAUGGCGAUAGUUCUCGUAAAAGCUGAACUUUGAAGGGAGAAGAUGUCGGAUAUACUGUGCAGGUGGCUGAACGAGGAGCUCCGGCUGUCAAAAGCUGUUGAUCCAAAGACCUUCGCCAGUGAUUUCUCCAGUGGUUACCUCAUUGGGGAGGUUCUGCAUAAAUAUCAGUUGCAGAAUGAUUUCAGUAUGUUUAUGAAGAAAGACACCUCCAGCUCCAGACUGAAUAACUUCACCCGCGUUGAGCCGACUCUCCGGUUGCUGGAGAUUUCCUUCGACACAAACGCAGCGCAGGAAGUGAUGGAGGAGAAGCAGGGUGCUGCCACGCGCCUCCUUUACCAACUGUAUGUCUCGCUUGAGAAGAAGAAGAAGGCAGAAAUCAGCGGCACGUUGAUGGAACUCAUGCAGCCUGCAGCCAAUGUUGGCCUGCACAAAAAAGAGCAUGAUUUCAACUCUGAUCGACUGCAUCAAGUGGUGAAGCGUGAUGCGGAGCUGAAGCUCCAGAAUAUCUCUCAGCGCUAUGAGGAGAAAUGCCAGCAGCUGAGCGACCGGCUGGUGAUGACGCUUCCCAUUCAGCAGAAGAGACAACUCGGAGUCCAGGAUGAGAAGAGACUGAAGAAUAUCGAGAAGCUGCGGGUGUGUCGUCAGAAGCACAAUGACAUCAGGACGUUUAACCAGUCCACCAUUGUCCAGGUGCCCAAGCCACCUCCCUACACUGCACAGCUCCACCUGAAGAGGAGGCAACAGCAGCAGCAACGCAGAGAACAACAAGUGCAGACAGUCCAGACUGAAAUAGCGAAGUUUGAGACGAGGAGGAAACUGCUUCCUUGUGGUUUAGCUUCCUUGUCAAGUGGUCAGCCGCCUUCUGGAGACUUCAGCCAAGGCUUUGAGGUCCCUGGAAGUGGAGCGAAGCUGACAUUACAAUCUAAUAGCAAGUAUAUACAGGAUAUCCGACAGAGGCUGGAGGAGAAAGCGGUACUCGCGAGCAGAAGGAGAAAAGACAAGACCGAUUCCUCGUGGAGCAGCUCAAGGCCCAAGAAGCUCAAGAGUCUGAUUCCAGAGAAGCCGAUGAGAGAGUGGAAGGAGUUGCUGUUCAGUGGCCUGCCUCUCUAUGAGUCCGUGAAGGGCCAGCAGCCAUCGGGGUCUGCUCCACUAGACCCCGUAGAGCUGCAGAAGCAGGAGACACUCAAAAACCAGCACUACGAGGAAUACACUAACAUGGUAGGUGAGUGGGCGUGGCCAGAGGAAGCCACGGAGACCAAAUGGCCCCUGACCAACAACGACAUUCUUGGACACGUUGUCCAGCGACUGAGGAACAUUGUUCAUCAACCCGUCGUGAAACCCCCUCCGCCAUCCUUCCCUCGCUUUACCAUCAAGGCCUGUGUCCUGGGCAAGUUCUGCUCGGGGAAGACCACGUGCCUGGCCAAGCUCGCUGCAGCCCAUGGCAUCUAUGUCUUAUCAGCUGACUCACUCAUCAAGGAGGCACUGAAUGCUUACCGAAAUGGAGAGGAGGACUUUUCAGAAAACUCUCCCCAGUCACCCCGGCCAGCAUCAGAGGUCACAGAGCAGCAGGGAGAGAAAGACAGCGAGCUGCCGCUCUCAUCCUCCACGUCCCCGAAGCCCGAUCUUGACACUCAAGAGGAGAGCAGAGACGGCAAUGUAAGACGGUCUACCCGGGCCAUGCAGGGAGAAGCUGCAGAAAAGGUGCUGAUGGAAGGCAACGCCAUCCCUAACGAGCUGUUGGUGGACAUCAUGCUCGAGGCGAUCAGGCAGGUUCCCGCUCAGUCGGGGUGGAUCCUGGAUGGCUUUCCGGUGGACAUGGCUCAGGCCUACCUGCUGGAGAAAGGCCUGGGCGGGUCUGUCGAUGAAGCGGACGGCGUCGUGAGCGGCAGGACAGAGCUCGCUGCCGAUCCUCAUCCACCCAAACCGGCACCGACCCCGCCUCCCGCACUGGACCUGGUUCUGCUGCUGGAUGUCCCCGAUGAGUGUGUGAUCAGACGUCCGUUCAGCCGGCCGGAGACGGAUACUGCUGCUGCUGCUGCUGCUGCUGCCUCUGCCUCCUCCCAUCCCACAGAUACGAGCUUGUAUCUGGCGCAGAUUCCACACAGGAUCACAGCUUUUCAGGACACCUGGCCAAAGCUCGAGGAAUGGUUUGGAAAAAGGCAAAACAUUUUGGUCCGUGUUGACGCAGAUGUGGACGAGGAGCAGCUCGGCCACAGGGUGGCGUCCGUCCUGCAGCGAGUCAUGAUGCAAACACAGCAAGCUCUCGCCGCUCCUCCUGGUGACGAUGUCGUGUUGGACGGCGGGAAAGCUCCGGACUCCUCCUGUCCACCUCCACCUGUAGACCAAGCUCAGGGCCUCGCAAAAAAAGCACACGCAGAGUCCCACAUCGGCCUUGACGAAGAAAAAGCCCAAAGUGUGAAGUCCAAAUCCAACACACCCUCCUCCCCACGAGGGCCAUCGAGGAAGGUUUCAACUUCCUCAGUGACCACUGAGGAUUCUCCGGGAGUCCCACCUAAGCCGGCCUCUCCCUGCCCCGGUUCAUCCAGCUGGGUCUACGUCGAUGAGCCCCUCCCUCCAGAGCUGUCAGAGUACCUGUGUUCCCAUUGGGACACGGUGUGCGAUUCUUACGUGAACAACUUGAAGACGACGAUGCAUCGGCUGAGCUCACAACCGUCUGCGGUUCACCUUCACCUCUUCAACAUCAGAGAGGAGUACAAGCAUUACAUGGGGCGUCCGGACUUGAAGCAGGAGUUAGUGUCUCACUGGCAGAAGGACUUCAACAGCAUCCCUGAUGACAUGAGAGAGGAUGAGGAGACCAAAGCAGAGCUGCAUCUGAGGCUGGACGAGCUGCGUGAACGUCUGUGGGACAUUAGCGACAAGCGUAAGGAGGAGGACGAGAAAGAGAGGGCGAAGCUCAUGGGGGACGGCUGGUUGGAGGAACACACCGCCGUCCUCAUCAACCACCACUCUGUCCUCAUGCAGGUGGAGUUGGACCGUUUCAAGGACACGUUCCGUAUUCUCAAGGUCUACUAUUUGGGCAUGUACAGGGAGGUGCUGCCUGAGCUCCCCUCCAGGUUGGAUUGUAUCCCCCUGCUGGACCAAAUAGACGCUAAGAACCAGGAGGAGAGGCAAGGAACUCGCACUGAGCCAGCGGGCAGAAGUGUGUCUCGUCAGACGGACUACGGAGAGGACAAGAAGAGGACGAGACCACAUCGUGACUCCAGGGCGAAAAGCCGGAUUCAAGCUGAAUCUGUCAAGCUACCCCAUGAGAAACUGAUCUCCGACUAUGAAGACGCACUCACAGCAAUCCGACAAUUGGUGUCAGCUGAAGUCCACCAGGGGGAGACAAAAGAGCAGAAGGAGAAGGAGAAGGCAAAGACUGAUAUUCAAGAAGUCAGAGACAAAAUACAUAAAGAAUAUGCAGCCGCACUGGAUCAUGAGGGGAAUGCAGCAAAGGCGCGCCUAGAGCGGGUGAAGGGUCAUGGUCUGGUGAUGGUGCAGUCCCUGCAGAGCAGAGCAGCACAGACAUCGAGCAGCAUGGAGAAGUUGCUAGAAACACACAAUGUCGCAGAAAUGAAGAGUAUUGAGCAGCUGUCAGAAGUGGUCGGCCACCACAUAGAGGCAGGAGCGAAGCUGCAGAACGAGCUGGUGAUGGAAUGUGUUGACUUCUACUUGAAUGGAGACUGCCACAUGGUGGCCAGCCCGGCUCCCCCUCCCCGUCCACCUGCUCUGGAGAAACCCACGAGGUCCACGCCGACCGUCACUCAGCUCGAGUCACUGCAGCGACAGCUUUGCAACGUAGCUCCAUCAGGCCUCAUGUCCAGCUCUCAUUUCCUGGGGCUGCUCAUGGAUAUCAUCUCUGUGAACAUGGGCAGAAACACCUUGCCCGAGCCCUGGAAUAACAAGAAUGAAACACAGUUGAUGGAGAUGUUAUCCCUCCUGAUCGACGUCUACGACUUGAUAGACUGGCGUCAGUUCCUGCUCAGCGCCGCCCUCCCCUGGCCGUUCCCCUCCUUGUCACAGCUGCUGCUCGUGCUCCAGCGUUUCAAGGCAGUAGAUACUGGCCACUCAGGCUAUGUCGACGAGGACCAGUACCUUCAGACAGAGUUGUGGUUUUCCAAUGAGAGCGUCCAGCCCGUCCCGGGUGACCCCUCUGAGCCGCUGCCUUACGACCGCCUGGCUAACAUACGCAAGUUCUUUUUCCAGCUGUUUGCCGACCGCUCUCUCUCCCCCCCUCGACUGGACUACGUGUGCAUGCUGCAGUACUUUGCGGCCGCCCCCGACCCCAGACAGGGCUUCAUCAGAGCCCUCAGCGUGGUGCUGGGACAACAUCUCAAGCACUCCUCCCCCCCGGGCCCUCUUGUCAAGUCCAUGCCCAGGAUAGAAGAGGCUGCCGAGCUCAGCUCCUCGACACUCGAUGGAGCCGACCAGGACGGAGACGCUCUGUGUUCGGGGGAGUGGGAGGUGUCCGUCCCGGCUCUCCUCGCUGUCACCUGCCACAAGGUCGCCCAGCUGAGAGACGGCAGCCCUCUUCCUCCAGGCUGCCUGAGUCGGGAGGAGCGCACUGAGCAACUGGUGCGCGUGUUCGGCGAGCUGGGCUACGAGCCCGGGGCCUGCGCCCCCUUCUCCGUUCUGUCUCGGCAUCCUUUCAUCCAGCGCCUGAUGGAGACCUCCACCCAGUACCAGCUCGUCAACAUCCAUGGAGUGCUACUGGCCCAUCAGGAUGAGAUCCCUGAAGGAUAACAUAUAUAUACAAGUGUUCUCAUGACUCAAAGUGUUUGCUGAAGUGUACGGCUCACUUCAUUGUUGAUGUCCGGAACCGAUGACGGUUAUGACACCAUGAUUGAGACGACAACAAUAAAAAUCAACGAUGGCAGCAUU